AUGAAAUAAAGAUAUAGCAUAUCUGAACCUCCUAUUAAUAAAUUGGAGCAAUUAAGAUAAAAAUUUUAAAAGUAACUCACUAAAGUUAACACAAAAGGAUAUGUAGAUUGCGGGUUAGGUAAAUUAAUAUAAAAUGAUGUUGGAUCAAGAAUUUCAGUCAUAAAAAAUUCAUUCUUAGAGAAAUUAUAAUCAAUCAAUUCAUCUGAGGAAGACGAGAGAAAUCUACUAAAGUCAAUUUAAUUCGAUGUCAAGCAUGCAAUCUAAAGAUAUUAGCAAAGAAUAGAAUCUAUUGCUUAACUAUAAGUUCAAAGAAAUUCAAUGAGAUCAUGCUCUAAAGAAUUGGUCUAAUACUUUACAACUCCUCAAUAAGAUAAGUACUUUUAAUUUGAUGCAUAAGAAUAAUCAAUGAGAUCCUAAUAUGACAGCCAUAAACCUAAUGAAAUAAUCAGUAUUAGCAAAGAUCAAAUAAAACAGAAGAAGGACAUAUUAACGAAUAAAAAAUCUGAUAAAACUUUUAAAAUUAUUUAAGCCAAAAAGAAAUAAGUAGGACCUGUUAAAAAAAAAUAAAAUGAUUAAUCUCUAACAGGAAUUAGUAUAUUAAAAAAUUAAUCAUUAAAUAAAGACAGAACAAUUAGUUAAAAGUCUACCAGACAACCAAGUGUUAAAGAAAUAUCCUUAAAUUUAGAGUAAAGAAGAUCAACAGAUAGAUUAUCAAAACACUAUAAUACUUCUAGAUAAAGAAAUUCUGUAUUAUCCAGUCACUAUAAUCAAAAUAUUAAACCAAUAUAAUGA